AUGAAAACAAUACAAACCAACAAUGACAUUUACACGUUGAUUACACUUAAUCGUGAUGAUGACAAUGCUUAUGCUUAUGAUGGAUUAGAAGCAAAUCCGAUUGGAACUGCACCUCCGCCAAUUGAUGGGUUGUAUCCAGCAUUGCCGGGAGCGGCACCACCACCAAUUCCGUGGUAUCCGGCAUUUCCAGGCGAUGCACCUCCACCAAUUCCAUUAUAUCCGGGUUGCGUAAAACCUGGAUUUGCACCGCCUCCAAUUCCAAAUGAGCGCGGAUGA